UGCGUUGCUGCCGUCAGUGUAGAUUUGUGCUUCGCUCUGUUCGGUUGGAAGGCGCGCGGGCGUCCAGCAGCAACAACAGCAACUACAACAACAGCCGAGGCAAGCGGCCCUGCAACUUCGUCGAGGACUGGGACUUGAGCGAUUUCGUACUCGCCGUCCAUUCACAUUCACAUUCGACUGGGAGUGUUCCGUUCGAACGGUUCGAAAAAUACAAGUUGAACAUUUUCGAAAAAUUUAACUGAAGGAAGAAACGCUUUCGAGUUUUAUAAAAAAUUAAAUCAAAAAACAAAAAUCACAAUCAAAACAUCGUGUCGCCGGCGUUGUGAGGAGAAAUAAUAACAUUUUUGUUAACUGUUGCAAACAUUGCCUUUAAUUGUUUGUUUUGGUCGUAAAAUCAAAUUUUAUGACCAGCAACAUAAAAAGCGAACGCCAGCAGCAGCAACAACAACUGCAGGCCCCACAAAUAAUAAACUAUUUAUGAUAAUUAUAAAAGAGAGAAGAAAAUCAAAAACAAACGCCAACCCAAAAAAAAGAAAAGUGAAAAGAAAAUAGUAACUGACAAAGGGAAAAUUGGAAAAGUUUUGGAAAAUUGUAUUGACCGAAUGAAAACUGAAAAAAGCCAAUUUGAAAAUACUGCGUGAGUUGCUGACGACCGCAAACACCCUGUGAAUUCCAAGCUGAUUCGAUCCCCUGUGCAACAACAAAGUGACUCUCUUCGCCCGCUCUUUAGGCACUGUGCGUGUGUGAGUAAGUCGGCGUGUGCGUGUGACCGCUGACGGACGUCUGUGUGCGUGUGCGGUACGCAAAUAAAAGGGACAGAACUCAAGUAAAGGUGCUCUGAAUAUUAAAAUAAAAUUAUUAUUAAGACGCGAAAAAUAUAAAGAGAUUUUAACAAUUAGAAAGGCGUCACUCACAGGAGUGAGAAAAAAAGACAGAGAAAGGUCGGUGGGUCGAGGCGAUCGACCCCACUGCACCGCCCUUACCCUCGCCGCCGCAGUUCGAGUGCAACGCGUCCAAGAUAACCGUAAAUAUUCCACCCCUCCCCCAAACCCCAACCAUCCCGCUGGCGUGCGCUCUCUACGACCCCCACGAUGUCUCGGCAGUCGGGUCGCACGCCGCUGCCGGGGCGUGGUGGGGGCAUCACACACACACCCACACCCACGUACCCACCGCCCCGCACCCGCAUCCGCAUCCCCAGGCGCAUCCCUCCCUGCCCGUCAUGCAGCAGCACCACCUGCAGCAGCAGCAACAGCAGCAGCAGCAGCAACAACAGCAGCAGCAGCAGCAGGAGCAGCAGCAUCUGCAGGAGCAGCAGCAGCAUCUGCAGCAACUGCAUCACCAUGCGCACCACCACCUGCCUCAGCCUCUCCACACCACCAGCCAUCACCACAGCGCGCAUCCCCACCUGCAGCAGCAGCAACAGCAGCAGCAACAUGCAGUCGUCGCCUCCUCACCCUCCUCGGUGCUCCAGCAGCAGCAACAGCAGUCAACUCCCACCACACAUUCCACGCCCACGCACGCGGUUAUGUACGAGGAUCCUCCGCCUGUGCCACUUGUCGCCGUGCAGCAGCAACAUCUCCCCGCUCCGCAACAACAGCAGCAACUCCAACAGCAGCAGCAACAGCAGCAACAACAGCUGGCGACAACACCGGUGGCCGGCGCCCUCAGUCCCGCCCAAACACCCACUGGACCCUCCGCCCAACAACAGCAGCAGCAACAUCUCACAUCGCCCCACCACCAGCAACUGCCGCAGCAACAAACCCCGAACAGUGUCGCCAGUGGCGCCUCCUCGAAUCUCCAGCAGCAACAGCAGAAUGCUGCAGUUGCUCCUGGCCAGACGCAGAUCGUUGCGCCGACCACGGCGAGUGUUUCUCCCUCCAGUGUUAGUUCUCAGAAGGAAGACAUCAAUAUGUCCAUCCAAUUAGCGCCACUGCAUAUACCCGCCAUCCGGGCCGGUCCGGGAUUCGAGACGGACACCUCGGCGGCGGUCAAGCGGCACACGGCACACUGGGCCUACAACGACGAGGGAUUCAACCAGCAUUACGGCUCCGGGUACUACGACCGCAAGCACAUGUUCGCCUACCCUUACCCAGAAACGCAGUUUCCGGUUGGUCAGUACUGGGGCCCCAACUACCGCCCCGAUCAGACCACCUCUGCCGCGGCGGCGGCGGCCUACAUGAACGAGGCGGAGCGCCACGUGAGCGCCGCUGCUCGACAGUCCGUCGAGGGCACAUCGACGUCCAGCUAUGAGCCGCCCACCUACUCCUCGCCAGGCGGCCUGCGCGGCUAUCCCAGCGAGAACUACUCCAGCUCAGGAGCCUCUGGUGGAUUGUCCGUGGGAGCGGUGGGUCCUUGCACGCCCAAUCCCGGAUUGCACGAGUGGACCGGUCAGGUGUCCGUCCGGAAAAAGCGCAAGCCAUACUCGAAGUUCCAAACCCUGGAGCUGGAGAAGGAGUUCCUUUUCAAUGCGUAUGUUUCUAAGCAAAAGCGCUGGGAAUUGGCCAGAAAUUUGCAGCUGACCGAGCGACAGGUCAAGAUAUGGUUCCAGAAUCGGCGCAUGAAGAACAAGAAGAACUCACAGCGCCAGGCCAAUCAGCAAAACAACAACAACAACUCGAGCAGCAACCACAACCACGCGCAGGCGACCCAGCAGCACCACAGCGGCCACCACCUGAACCUUAGCCUGAACAUGGGUCACCAUGCCGCCAAGAUGCACCAGUGACCCUUGGACAACAGCAGCGCUGGCGCCAUGGGCUUUGCCACCUACUAGCAGUUAGCCAAUCCGAGCUCGGUUAACCCCAGCUCGAAUCCCAACCCCAUGUCCGAUCCGAACCACCAUCAUCUAAUCAAGAACGAGCUGGCCAUGGACUUUCCAUGCUAGUCCAGCGAUUGGAAGUGUGACUCCAGCCAGGCCGAGUUCAGUCGGUUAAAUGUACAAAACCCAGAGAUCUCUAGCAUGCGGGAUAGGAAUAUGUGACCACAAUGAGGAGCAGGAUGUGGAUGAGCAGCUGCCCAGAAGUGCGCAGGCGUCGCUGAUGUGUGACCAACCGACGUUGAUGGAAAUGCAGUUUAUGAUUAAGUCAGUUCUACGGAUCCCAGAGAUCCAAGCCCCAACACGAUAAUGCAGCUUGUUUCGGUAGUUCGGUACGAGUAAGAUGAGGAGUAGGCAGCAGCAGUAGCAGAUGCACUUGAAAUUCGCAACUGUACGAAAAUAUAUGUAUGUACGUAUUUCUCUCAACGCUCUCAUUAGCCUAGGCGAGCACUGUGAAUUUUCCGAACUAUAAAUUAUGAAUAUGAAUAUACUUAAACGUCAGUGAAUAUAACCCCGCAUAAAUUAUGAAUACACGCGUUCGAGUAGUAGAUUUUACCAUACCUAUCCAUGUAAGAGCGGCCACAAGGCGGCUGAGUUAGGCAGAGCAGCAGAACACAUUUUAGACCCAGAUAAAUGUUCUUGAAACACAAACAAAUUGUUUAACAAUUUUCGGACCCCUCACAGCUCCGCAAACAAGAAGACACACUCCGCAGUCUAGGAUAAAUUUUGUCGUAUAAUGUUCGUCGUGUCGUGUCCUUUGAUACCUUCUAAGUUCCUGUAUAUAAACUAAGACAUUGCGCUGAUUUCCGGCCGAAGGGGGCACUCGAAAACUACAUAAAUUACAUUAGAUAUAUGUAUAUGCGUACACGCAGAGAUAUUCAAUAUUUGUAUAAUAUGAACUCGGAUUCGAUUUUAGCAAAUGGUUAAUUGUAAGUUGCAAAAAUUUCAAUCAGUGUGUGCAUGUUUACCCCAUAGUUGAAGUCGCUUUCGAAUUAAAUUAACUCUAAAACCAAGGAAAACACUUAACAAAACUACUCGUAAAGCUAAAGCAACAAAAACUUAAAAGAUACACACUUAACAGAAGUAAGCGAGUGUGAAAACGAUGGAGGGGAGAUGUCGGGGAGGAGUAAUUAGCAUACCGUAACAGCUACUUAUAUAACAUACACAUAGUACAUAUAGUAAUCGUACAUAUGCAUACAUAUAUUUUCAUGUGUAUCGACGCCGCUUGAUCCUGAUAUUAAGUCUAAGUUUAGUUGUGUUGUGUAAUUAUCGAUUUUGUUAAUGUUUUGCCCCGAGCAUUAUAUUAUAUUAUGCUAACCUAUACCUAUACCUACACCUAUGCCUAUCAUUAUAUGUGUAUAAUUAGCCUAUACAUACUUGAUGAAGAAAUGAUUUCACCCACUGCUUUAUUCUUGUUCUUGUAUUAUUAUUAUUUCGAGCCCUCGAUAAGUUGUAGUCUAAAGUCGGUUAUGUUUAUGAUUAUGUUCGAUUAUAGUUUGUUUAGUGAAUUUUAAUCUAGCGUUAGCAAUUCUCUUUUUUAAAAAGUUAAUUAUUGUGAAUAAAAUACAACAAGUUGCAGAAGUGCAAAAAUAUACACACAAUUCAAAAUAUCCCAAA